CUUUCAAACGGAAGCAGUUUAGAAAGGAAGCUUUCGUGGCAACACAGGAUUAGAAAAUGCAUAUCAAUGCACAGUUCUGCAUUGUUUUAUUAAAUAUUUUUAUAUUGGCAUCACAAGCUCAUGAAAAAGUAGACAUUUUCAAACCAGAAACUCAUUCACAUGUUGAAUUUGGAGAGGCAAAAUCUGUGAGGUACUUGCUGUAUGAUGUUAACCCAGGAGAAGGGUUUAAUCUACGACGUGAUGUUUUUAUGAGAGUUGCAAAUCUAGUAAAACUUUUAAAUGAAGAUGAACCUUGGGUUCUUGUACUACCUCCAUGGGGAAGGCUUUACCAUUGGAAGUCACAAGAUCUCAACCAGAUCAAGGUCAGGUGGUCAACUUUCUUUGACCUUGCAAGUCUAAGGGAACAUAUCCCUGUCAUUGAAUUUGAAGAUUAUUUGACAGUAAUGGGAGAAGAAGUAGUGGACGAAAUUUAUUACCUUCAAAGAUACAAAGAAGGAUGGACUAAUGGAAAGUGGGAAGAGAAAAUGGACAUCAGAGAAUGUAUAGAUAGAGUACCUUAUCAAAAGGAUGAAAAUGGUAAAUGGAGAGGAUGGUUUUUUGGCUAUGAGAAUGUUUAUGCCAAAAAGUUUGCUUGCCUUUCUGUACAAAGUGAGGCUGGUAAUAUGAAAUCAUUUUUGAUGAAAAAUACAACAUCAAGGUCAGUCAUGCUUGAUAGAGCAGAACAGCUCAUUCAUGGAAGAAGUGGACAACAUAGCACCAAAUUUUGGGAUGCCAGAAGGAGCAUGGUUUUUGCAAAGCAUUUAAGAGAUAUUGGUGAUGAGUUUAGAAAAGAAUAUCUUGAUUCUACUGAUGAAAAUGAUAAAACAAUUCUUAGUAAAUGGCCAGAAAUGAAGAAAAAUCAUGGAGAUGCAAAAGGCGGUCCAUACUUGAGUGUACAUCUACGUAGGAAAGAUUAUCUGUAUGCACAUAAAGAACAAGUUCCAAGUCUCAAAUAUGCUGCCAAACAAAUUAAAGAAUUACUGAAAAAGAAUAAACUGAAGAAAGUAUUUAUAGCAUCAGAUUGUGAUGAAAAUGAUUUUGAAACGCUGAAAGGUUUCUUUAAAAAAGCAGAGAUUUAUCGAUACAAGCCAACACAAGAAAUCAGAGAAAAAUAUAAAGAUGGAGGUGUGGCAAUAAUUGACCAAUGGAUAGCAGCCCAUGCUAGACAUUUUGUCGGAACAUAUGUGUCAACAUUUUCAUUCAGAAUUCAGGAAGAGCGAGAGAUUUUAGGAUUUGAUCCAGAAACAACAUUUAAUAGAUUGUGUUCUGAAUCCGAAGAAGAAUGUGAACAGCCUUCUAAAUGGAAGAUUGUUUAUUGAUAUUUUAAUUUGUUGAUUUUUGUUAGUACUCCCACAUUAACAAAUGAUUUAUAUGUCAGUUCUGAUAGUUCAAAAUCUUCUGAUUAUGUAGGUCAAUUAAUGUACCUUUCUGAUUAUGUAGGUCAUUUAAUUAAUUUUUCUGUUUAUGUAGGUCAAUUAAUUAUAUUUUCUGUUUAUGUAGGUCAAUUAAUAUACUUUUCUUACUUGUUGUAUGUUAAUUAAUGUUCUUUUACAUAAUCGAUUGAACUAUAUGAAAUAAUAUAAAAGUAGAAGAUAAAUAAAGAAGAAAUUUUCCCCAUACUUUAUGUUAGAAGGUGACAUUUUUGUGAAGACCAACUUCUUUUAUUAUUUUUUUUUAAAGAACCAAAUAUGAGUUAAGCAUUCUUUAGUAUGAUAUUAUUUGUUGAUAAUUUUUUUAAUUUUUUUAUCUAUUAUAUAUAUUUUACUGUUAUUUUAGAGUUGAAUGAUUUUUUCCUGUAUUGAUUUUUUAUUAUAUGUUUGUUUUUUUUGGCGAAUUUUGUUAGUCUUCUGAUGCAGAAAUAUAAGGGGUUCCUGAAUGUGCCUGUCUGUCAGAUUGUCUGGUCUUAUAUGUUUUCUGACAUGUACCUUUCUUGCCAGAUUUUUUCAUACUUAUAUCAGGCGCAAUGUCUUGUAAAAUUUGAAAAAUCAAUGCUUAUUAACAACUAUUUUGAAAAGAUUUUUGGUCCUUGGAUAUACUAAUUUUAUUGAACAUUGCAUUGAAAGUGCUCUAAUGUGUAUAAUACUUGCCAGAUUAUUAUCAAGUUUUUUUCAAAUAUUUAUAUUUUUAAUAUCACAAACAAGUUUGAAUAUCAGUGUUGAUCAACUUAAUAUCAAGUAUAACAAAAAUGCAUUGUAAAUGUUUUUAAGCCUACAUGUCUUUAGAUUAAUAAUAACAUUUUUUUAAAGAAUAAAAUAAUGCUGUUUGAUUAUAGUCAUUGGACAAAUGAAAUAUGUGGAAAGUUGGAGUCAUUAUAACUUUUAUUUAAAAAGAAAUUAAGAAAAAUAUAAUUCAACUUUUCAAUGAAAUUAAUUUUCAUUCACCUUGGAAAAUAUGAGAUACACACCUAUUCAUCAUCAUAUAACAUAGACAAAAACAGUGUCAGUCAGGGAAUGCAUUCUCUUUAACCAGUGUCUAAUAUACAUGACAAAAUGAUGGAAUAGUAUGAAAGUAUAUCUGUUUGGUUAAUACUGUCCUAUUUAUUCUAUGUGUUUAAUGAUCUGUAUGAAUGAGUCUUUAGUAUAUUAUUUAAGUUGAUGUUAGAUAUGGGUUCUUUUACAGGGAUCUUAUUUUGUAUUAUGUUUAUAUUUUUUUUUACCAAAGAGUGUUCUACAUUCAGAUUUACCAAAUAUUAGAACUUAGUUUGAAUAAAAUUUUUAAAUCAAUUUUGUUUUUAGCAACAAUAAAAUCUACUUUAUAAUGAAAU